AUCGCGACGCUCAGCUUCGGAAUAUAUCUCUAUUCAUCUUUUGUUUGUCGGUGUGUUGCUUAUUAUUUUUUAUUGUUUUAUUCAGGAAUUCAGCAUUGUAAGGAUUAACUGUUAAAGCAGCAUGACGCUUCCGGUCAGGAGAAACACUUUGGUCGUGUUUUUCCUUCUGCUCGAGGCGCACGCAUGUCUGUGCUCUAAAGGAGAGGACAGACUGUUCCGCCGUCUCUUCCGGAAGUAUAAUCAGUUUAUCCGGCCGGUGGAGAACGUGUCGGACCCGGUGACGGUGGAGUUUGAGGUCUCCAUCUCUCAGCUCGUCAAAGUGGACGAAGUCAAUCAGAUAAUGGAGACCAACCUGUGGCUACGACAUAUAUGGAACGACUACAAACUGAAAUGGUCCCCAGCAGAUUUCGAUGGCAUUGAGUACAUCAGGGUUCCAUCCAAUAAGAUCUGGAGGCCUGACAUUGUACUCUACAACAAUGCUGUAGGUGACUUCUUGGUGGAAGACAAGACCAAAGCUCUGCUGAAAUAUGAUGGCACCAUCACCUGGGUUCCUCCAGCAAUCUUCAAGUCCUCCUGCCCAAUGGACAUCACCUACUUCCCCUUUGACUACCAGAACUGCUCGAUGAAGUUUGGUUCAUGGACUUACGACAAAGCCAAGAUCGACCUGGUGCUGAUUGGCUCCAAGGUCAACAUCAAGGACUUCUGGGAGAGCGGUGAGUGGGAGAUCAUCGAUGCUCCAGGCUAUAAGCACGACAUCAAGUACAACUGUUGUGAGGAGAUCUACACGGACAUUACUUACAGCUUCUACAUCCGCCGCCUGCCUCUGUUCUACACCAUCAACUUAAUCAUCCCAUGCCUCCUCAUCUCUUUCCUGACUGUCCUGGUCUUUUAUCUUCCGUCUGAUUGUGGCGAGAAAGUGACACUCUGCAUUUCCGUCCUCCUUUCCCUCACUGUCUUCCUCCUGGUCAUCACCGAGACCAUCCCGUCCACUUCUCUUGUCAUCCCCCUGAUUGGCGAGUACCUGCUCUUCACCAUGAUCUUCGUAACACUCUCCAUUGUCAUUACCGUCUUCGUGCUCAACGUGCACUACCGCACUCCCACCACCCACGCCAUGCCCUCCUGGGUGCGAGCCGUCUUCCUGCGAGCUCUGCCCAGAAUUAUGCUCAUGAGACGUCCCAUGGACCAGUCAGAAUCCUCCGGAAAAGCAAGUCUGCCCGAGGGAUCGUCAGGGGAAGGAGAAGGGAAGAAACGGAAGAACAGUUGCAGCAACUGUUUGGAGUUUGGCGAGGGGAAAGCAAGGGAGGGGGAGGUAAAGAAAGGGCCUUGUCCAUGUCAUCCCUUGAAGGAACCUCCCGAAGGGGAUUGUGGGAAGCAGAGUCGGCAGCUGAGCGCUGUUAACACGGUGGUGGCGUUUUCAGUGGUGUCGCCUGAAAUCAAGCAGGCCAUCGAGAGCGUCAAGUACAUCGCCGAGAACAUGAGGAGCCGCAACAAGGCUAAAGAGGUGGAGGACGAUUGGAAGUACGUUGCCAUGGUAAUUGACCGAAUCUUCCUGUGGGUGUUCGUGCUGGUGUGUGUGCUCGGAACAAUGGGUCUCUUCUUCCAGCCUCUCAUCAGCUUCCUCGCAUGACAGCCGACCGGAUCACACGUUCCACCACCAGGCAGAGACACGGCAAUCACUCGAAUCCAACCGUUCACUGAAUCACCCACACACCAGUCUCUGAUUCCAUUCAGCCAGAAAAACAAGGAGUGAACACAUUCUCGAUUUGGUCUGGCAAAACAAAUCGGAUGUUUAAAAAAAGUCACAAAUCUAUUUUAAACAAACCUACAUGGAAAUGUUCGUAUUUACGUUUCUUUCCUUUAUCUCAGCCUCUGCCUUCUUAUGUCAUGGUUCUAGACUUCGGUUUAAGAUGUCUAAAACCUCGCUAGUUAAGAAAGUUCAAUUUCUUCACACCACAAAUGUCACGAUUUGAUCAAGUUGUUGGCCAAAGGUUCAUAUCCAUAGAUCUCCAUAGACAGACAGACAGUAGAACUGAAAAGCUGAAUGCUCAAGAGCUCAUUGACUUUGCACUGUCGUAGCAUGCUUCAUCUUUACCACAAGCUAAACUCUUCAGAUUGAAUGGACACAAAUUUCCCAUAGACACCUUAAUGGAAAAGAUGAGGCUGAUAUAGGUGUAAAGCCUGUGACAUUAAUAUCCAUGGAUUUGGACUGGGAUGGUCAAAUACCUUUAGAUAUACUUAUAGUGUAGAUGUAGCAUAAGAAAUUCAAUUCAAUGAUAUUUCAGUAUAAAUUCUCCAUUUUUCCAAUUAGGAAGAAGCAACCAGAUCCAACCAGAACCAAUGGUACGAACCAGCGGAGCUUUCAUCCUAAUCAAAUGACUUGCUAACCUCUACUCAGGAAAAAUAAAGAGGUUUAUUUGCUUUAAAUUUAUGGUAGAUUUGUAAAAGAAGUGUCAAAACUGAUUUCUGAAAAUCUGAUCACUUUGAACCAGACAGUGGUUUUGGUCUGAAUCGUGUGUAGAAGCCAUCGGUUCUCAGGGCCGAAAUAUGAUUGGUUCAUCUUACUUCCUGUUUCAUGAUGGUGUGGUUGUAUUGGUCAAAAAUGGAAUAUACACUAAUCAGGCAUAACAUUAUGACCACCUGCCUAAUAUUGUGUUGGUCCCCAGACCCGUCAAGGCAUGGACUCCACUAGAUCCCUGAAGCUGUGCUGUGGUAUCUGGCACCAAGAUGUUAGCAGCAGAUCCUUGCGACUUGCAGGACUUAAAGGAUACUUUUGAUAGAUACUGACCACUGCAGACUGAAGAGUCUCCAAAGAGUUUUGGAGAUGCUCUGAUCCAGUGGUCUAGCCAUCACAAUUUGGCCUUUCGUCAAACUCAAAGCUCAAAUCCUUACUCUUGUCCAUUUUUCCUGCUUCUAACACAUCAACUUUGAGGACAAAAUGUUCACCAUGCCUAAUAUAUCCCACCCACUAACAGGUGCCAUGAUGAGGGGAUCAUCAGUCUUAUACACUUCACCUGGCCCUGGUCAUAAUGUUAUGCCUGAUCAGUUUUUAUACCAGAAUGUCUGAUAAAGAUUUGUGCGCAAUGAUACGCCAUGUAUCCCAAAACAGGCAUGCUGGCAGCAAAUAGCUUGAAAAUGCUUGAACCUACUACCCAUGCCCCGCCCUCUACAUAGAACUAGUGUGAAAUUCGCCCCAAGAACACAAGAUAGUGAUUAGUGACAGUUCUGUCUAGCUUAAAAACAGUUCAUACAACAUACAAAAGACUCCUGAUAACUACAUUUAGAAAACUGACCACAAGCUCCUCCCCCUUGCGUAUUGGAUGAUUUUUGCUUAAAAUUUCGAGGAUAUAUACAGAAUCCCGUCUUUGCCACGUCGGCCUGGGACCGUCUUCUGUUUCAUCGUGUCGUGAUUUCUUCAUCUGAGGACUCGAGCUGGAUGUUUGACCCAAAAAAAAAAAGAGAAAACGUCCACUUUAAAAAAUUGCACAUAAAAAUGCAAAUCCCUUUAAAAAGACUGCAUGAUUUUCCUGGACACUUUCCCCCCCCCUCUUCCUCCAUCUCUGGUCUCUUAGACAUCCAUAAUCCCUUUUUCUCGGCAUUUACAGAAAGCACAAUUCUCUUGUUUGCAGCUGUUUGUAUGUUUGUAAAUCAGUUUUUUCCUCACUGAUGUCCUUGAAUUAAAUGAAUACUGAAUGAAGUGCUGGCACUGUAUUUUUCUUUCCCCCACCGAUUUAAGGGAACGUCGCGCGUUAAAUCUCCGGCUGCCUGCGGUGACAUUUCUCGGGCUUGAGUCAUGUUAAAAGAGCGUUUGAAGUUGAAAGCGUAUUAUCAUAAGUGUUACUUAAGGCAAAUGUAAACCGGUUGACUUUCCCGCCACGUGGAUUAGCGUCCGUGUAAACACUACUUACUUUUACGACUGGAGCGAGUCAUGCUAACACGGCUAAUCAGGGGUGUGAGAGCGCGCUAAAUCGUGAGAAAUUACAAGCUAGCGAGUCGUAAUAAUACGGAGUCAUGUGAUCGCAAGAAGUGUGAACAAUUGUUGUGUUCUCAAAUCUGAUUGGACGGAAAGUGUGAAUGACUUUUAGCGUAUGAUAACAGCAGCUCAGAUACUCUGUUCUUCCUCCAGAUCUGAUAUUUUUUAAGGCAUAAAGUUUUCCUAGGAGACGUUUAUUCAACUUUUCUACCACGGCGUUUCCGAGUGCUCGGAUCCGAUCGGUCAGAAGGUGGCACACAAUAUAGCUUCUGUAAUUCCCGACUGUGAUGUGACCUACAGGUUGAUAUCAAAGCGCUGGUUCUGGUACAUUUCUAUAGUAAUGAUCUAAGUUUCUAUAAGAAUCUCAAUCAUCACGGGCAGACCAUCCAUCCAUUUUCUAUACCCGCUUUAUUCCUAAUUAGAGUCACAGGGAUCUGCUGGAGCCUAUCCCAGCACACAUUGGGUGAAAGGUCAAUGGCAGAGGGUCAAUGGCAGACCGUCCUGGAAAAUCCUGUUUCAAGCUGCUGUUAGCUUUAGCAUGUUUGUGAGCUGGAUCUCAAUAAACCUGAGGUAAACCUCAUGAAGUUAUCAGUAUAACCCCAAAAUAUGGUUCUUGUAGGCUUUUAUACAACAAUAUUAGAACAGUAAAGGGUGAAAGAGAAGACAAAAAAUUCAUA